CUCAAAUUGAGCGUGUCCAAAAGGGAGGGUGGGCCAUGGCGCAUGGGUUCAAUGUUAUCCAUUGACUAUCAUCUCAGAGCAUCAGCAGGAAAGUUGGAGAACCUUAGAGCAAGGUGAAAUCGCCAUACGGAACAGCAAAAGUCAGCAGAAGAGAACCGAACCGAACCCACAGCUCAGCUCAGCGAACCGAACCGAACCGAAUGCACGUCAAAAUAUCUCGAUGGAAAUCUAAGGCAAAGCGUCUUGGCUUCGGUCUUAAAUGGAGGCUAUAGCCAACAAAUGAAAUCAAAAACACCCACAAAACUAGAUCCAAAUCAAAGGCCGAACGUGGUUAUACUCUGAUAAAAAUAAGCGAAAGGGAAGGGCUCGAUGCGAAACGCUGCUGCUUUGCCAGAACAGCAUAAAAGGUGCCAAAUGGCGGGCAGGGCAUCCCACUGGAGGCUGCUGCUCGAAGCGAGAGUGUUGCAUAAAUCCGCUAUGCAAAAACCAAAAACAAAAAACCAAAAACAAAAGCCAAAGUUGCGCAAAUAAACAAAAAUUGUACGCCCGCUGGCGGCGACGCAUCGCUUGGCUGCCCCAACGAAAGCAGCAGCAAGGCAGCUCCAAGUUGCAAACACCAGAAGCAGCAGCAGCAGCAGCAGUGGCAGUGGCAGCAUCGUCUUCCACUUGAUUAUUAGCGAGCGCCACUGGGGUACGCGUUUCAGUUGGUCUCACGCGCGCGCACAGCUCAAACGUCUCCAAACCCCACAAAUAUAUUUAAAUAUUCUUUUUUUUUUUGGUGUGUGUGAGCCAUGAGCAGGAAUCUGGGCUGCCUUUUGGGCUUGCUUCUCGUGGCAUUUUUGCAUUCGGGGCAGGCGAUUGUCGGUGCGGGUGCUGCACGGGAUCUGGUGCUGACGCCCAAGCAGGGCAUGCAGGCGACGGGCAAGCGCAUCUUCUACGAGGAGCAGGAGCAGGAGCAGGUGCGGGAGCGGGAUGUGCGUCCCUGGGAGCGCACCCUCAGGCAUGUCACCUACGUGACACUCUUCACGGACGCCGCCGCGGGCGCAGCAGCCGGAAAUCUUAGCCAGCUGCAUGAGUAUCACGAGUUCCUGCAGACGCCGUAUGUCCCCGUCGAUCCGUCGGCACAGUCCGCGACGGCAGCGACUCCCUCCCGUUUCGGGGAUAUCAUUACCCUGGCCACGGGACGGCUGGAGCAGCUGCCCAACAACGGUAGCUAUCGCUUUGUCGAGGGCACUGGCACUGGCACUGGCACUGGGACUGGCCAGCGUCGUGCCCUGUGGCAGGUGCAGCGCAUUCGGCAUCGGGAUGGCGACAAGGGACGCCACUACCACUACGAGAUACGCUUCAGCGUGACGCCACUGCUGCCACCAAGGACAGCGGCGCCAAGCUACCAGAUGAGCUACAUCCAAAAGGAGUCCGACUACCCAGGCAGCUUCGCACGGCUCGCGCAUGAAGCCCUCGGCCUUGGGGGAUUCCCUGCUCAGCGGCGAAACGAUCGCGAGAGGGAGCGGGAAAGGGAGCGAGAGCGGGAGCGGGAGCGGGAGCAAUCGCAGGCCACCUUUAUCCAUGGCAUCUUUCAGCCACCGCCACCGCCACCGCCAAAGCUCAACAUUGGUGAGUAUCUCAAGGGGGGAGCAGCUCCUCCUCCUCCUCACCCUCAUCCGAUGCCCCUACCCGGCGGCGGACUCUUCCAACUGGGGCUGGGGCGCUCCAAUUUCAUAGCACCAACCACAUUCCGUCCGAAUUAUCCAACGGUGAGGCUGGGUCCGGAACAUCCUGGACUGGACACCACAGCCAUACGCUACCCAGAGGCGCCACCGCCGCCGCCGCCAGAGAGUGCUGCUCCGACGCCUGCUGCUGCUGCUGCUGCUGCUGCUCCUCUUAGCGGUGGGGUCACGCAUCAUUUCCAUCAUCAUUUCUAUGUGGCACCGGGCAGCGGUGCAGUUUCAUCCACGCAGAGUCCGCCACGAGCAGCGUCCGGCUACUAUCACUACCAGCGGCAGCAGCAGCAACAGCAGCAACAGCAGCAGCAACAGCAGCAGCAACAGCAGCAGCAGCAGCAGCAGCGGCAGCCUGUGCACUUUCCCAGCUACAGUUCCGGCUCCCAUGAGUCCUACGAAUCGAACGAGGAUCCCGAGCAGGAGCUGCUCAUCCGCAGUCCACAGAUCUUCGGCCAGGCAUCCAAGUAUCAGACGGCAAAGCUGCCGCCGCUCAUCAUCUAUGCAGCGGCUGGCAUCUCGCGGCCCAAUGAGCACGAGGACAAAUCAUUUGUGCAGAGCGAACCGCUGGAGGAGACGGUUUAUCGUUACUCGGAGCCAGAUCCUUUGUAUGUCCAUCAGAAUCCCAUUGAUGUGCUGCAUUUGGAUGAGCAGCGUCUGGAAUUAGAGCGAGACAAGGACAGGGACAGGGACAGCGACAGGGAGCAGGAGCCAGAGCAGGAGGAAGAGCAGCAGCAGGAGCAGGAGCAGGAACAGCAGGAGGAGGAGCAGAAGCGAGCGAGCAGCUUGGAUCAGCCGGAAGUGGCCACCACAAGUGAAGUUCCUCCAGCAACCACAACGACCAGUGAUCCACCAACGACCACAAGCACAGCCUCGAGCAGCAGCAGCAGCAGCAGCAGCAGCAGCAGCAGCAGCACUGUGGCAACACCAACAACGCCUGCCCCAACUGUGAGCAGCGCCAGCAGCUUUGUCUCCACCUCCACACACUUCAGCCCAUUGCGCAAUUUGAGCCGCUAUCGGACCUCGCCGCGCAUAACCGCUGGCAGAUCGACAACGACAACGACAUCAACCACAAGCAGCACAGCGGCGACAGCGUUGAGCAAGUGGGCCAGACGCCGCAAGGAGCAGCAGGACAGCAAGGCCAAGAGCAGCGAUCGUCAUGAAGCGUAUGUGAACAGCACGACAGCAGCUCCCUCAACGACUGCUGCCACGCCCACGCCCACGCCCGCUGUGGCACCGCUGCGCAGCGAUGUGGUGGAAGUCCUCACGCAGAAAUCUGUCAGCAGAUCGGUGAGCAUUAAGGUGGGCGCCAACGGAGAGGAGAUACCCUUCAUCGUGGACGACGAUGAGAACGAAGUCUCGUUCACAUAAGUUUAAGCGCGCAGAAUAAAGCUAUAUUAAACGUAGU